CACAAGAUGAGGCUCUGAGAUGCCCUAAUGUUGAGAGAAACAAUCUACAAGAGCUGAAUAUUCACUAUAUUAGAAAAAAAAAACAUGAAAUGACAAUAAUUAUAUUUUUUUAUUAUUUUAUUCUAGUCAUGUUGAUUGAGUGAGAUGUGUUUGUGUGCUGCAGCUGACCUAAGAAGUGACUUUCUAUUUUUUAAAUUUUUCAUACUAUUUGUGAUGGAACUGAAACUGCAGUAUCCAUGGUUACUAAAUAGCAUCUCUGAGUGAACGUUUGAAGGAAGAGGAGACUCCCCAAGAAGAGCUCUGAAAUAUAACCCGACCUGAACGCAGCAGCAGCAGCAGCAGGAGGAGGACAGGUGACAGUCGCCGAGGUGACCAUCGACAGCAGCAGCAGCCGCAGCACUCGUCCCUCUGAGGAACCCGUCAGUCCGAGUCACAUGACGUCACACCAGAACCCUCUGUGGCCGGCUGAUCUACAGGUGCAGUUAACGCUCGGAGCGCUGGGUCCUGGAGCCGGAUACUACUGCCAGGCCGCAGAGGAUGGGGUGCUGCUUUAGCAAAGAGCUGAACCCCGGCCUGCAGAGCGAGACCAGCGGUCUGCUUCAGCCCCCCAACCACGAAGGGCUGAAGAGUGAGGUGACGGAGCGGGUCAGGCAGCACGCCGUCGCUGUGCUUCAGCAAGUGCGCCUGGACGAGGGAGCGAGCGUGGCUGAGGGAGAGGAGGAUGAGGAAGGAGCGCCGGACAGCAAAGUUCAGAGAGAGGAAGUGACGAUCACGGGGGACGGCGGCGGCACGAGGAAUGAGGAUCUUAAAACAGUGAGCACUCACGAGGAGGAGAAGGAGGCUAUUAUUAUCACAAACACACACACAAACACAGACGGGACACACGCCGCCGCCGGGCCCAGCUGUGGACCGGCCCCCUAUAUGGAGAUGCCCACACGCAGUCCGGUCAAACAGAAGAUUGUGGACAACGCCACGCUGCGGGCUUUAUGGUUCACUCAGCGGCCUGAAGGACAGGAAGUGGAGACGCAGGGGAGCCGCUCCUCCACACCUGUCAGGUCACCGCACAGCCACGAUGAUGUCACAGUGAGCCACACGCCACAGGUGUCACCGGUCAGCGUGUGUGAGGACGAGGACGUGUGUGUCAUUGCAACAACUCUGGGUCAAGGUUUUGAAACCAGGACCCGGAGCUUCUACAGCAUUUGUUCCAUCGACGCCGACGACCUUGAUCACGAGCACGUCCAAACGCAAACAGCUGGAGCGCCGCGCUCAUCGCACACAGCUGACGGGGAGACAGCUGCGCUGCCCAGCAUACCCGGGUCUCUGCUGUCCGGCCAAGCACACGCAGAGGACGGCCCGGCCUGCGAGACUCAAACCACGCCGAGGUCACAUGACGAGGAGGCCGCUUCAGAACCAUCAGAUGAACCCGUCCCGCCACAGACGCACUCUGACACUUCAGUCUCAGCUGAGGACGCCGCCUCACCUCACCCUGCUUCAGAUCCAGAUCCACAGCUGGGGGACCCGGUGUGUGACCUGCUGACCCCCACAAAUCCACCAGAACACACACCCCAGGAUGAGGACUUCACCUGCUGCACCGCUGCUGAGGACGCUCAUGAGUCUUUGGUGACAUCACACACUGAUGAGAGUGUGUGUGUGGAGGGAUUACAGAAGGAGGUGGUCACAGAGGAGAGUGUGUGUGCGGUGACAGGAAGUGUGUGUUCAGUGGACAUCAGGGCCACAGAGGGGCUGGAUCAGAGUCCCGAUUCUGCCUCCAGUCCUCUGCAGGAGCAGCGCAUCCAAAAUGUAAAACCAUCAGCUGAAGCUCCUCCCCCGGACUCACCUGGUCCUUUACAGUUGGACUUCAAACCUCUCCUCGAGGAGGGACCUGCUCCGCCUCAGCCCGGGACCGAGAUGGUGAACCCGUCUCUGCGGAGCGAGGCCAUCCCCGUGACCUUCUGCCUCAGCGAGGACGUCUGUCACAGCAACCCAACGGACAUGACGCCCCUGACCGAGGUGUCCUCCACGUCCGCCAUCUCUGCCGUGUCAUCGCUGCCCGUUGAGCUCACCGCCUUCUCCUGCCUUAACGCGGACCCGCCCCCCCUCAGUCCCUGUGAGUCCUUCUCAAACGACAGGUUGGACAUCAACUCAAAUGAUCCCAUGUUCCAACUGAAGCCUCCUCCUGAAGAUCCUGAGUCUGUGGUUUCUGGUCCUGAAGACUCACAUGAUCAUUUUCAGGACGUGUGUAUGAGCGGAGAUAGAAGACAGGCGCCGCACCAGACACGUGAUCCGCUGUUUGAGGUCUGCGAGGACCGCACUCUCUCCUCCACGCCCCCUCCCUCCAUCUCCCAACGCCACCCGUCCUCUGAGGAAGGUGAGCAAAGUGUUUGUCCGGACGUUAUGGAGAGGGGACGCUCUCAAAUCCAACCAGAGGAAGAAUACAUCCACAUGUGUGACAAAGGAGACUCAGACACACCACAGGAGACUCGGACUGACCCGCCCCCGUCUGUGCCAAUCAAAGAAGACUCUUCAGAUCCAGCAGAACAGCCGCUCCUCAGAGCUCCUCAAAGUGCCUCUGAAACCACAGAGUCCUCACCAUCCUGCGUUUCCUCUGACUCUGUGAACCCUCAGCCCUCAGACGGAGAUCCCUCAGAGGAGACUGACGAGGUGAAGGUGAUGCAGGAGGAGCAUCCGGUCCCUCCAGAAACCUGUAACCCUUCAGCUCCUGAGACAGACGAGGUCUUCAACGUCUGUGACACGAACAUGGCGCCUCACGAGUCGAGCUGUGAGGAUGAAACAAGUCUAAUUCCAAGCUGCCAGGAAGACCACAUCCUCAUGAAAGUGGACCCGGGUCAGAUCGACGCCUACGCCUCCACUCCCUCCUACGAGAUCCCCUUCCUGCGCCACGAGCACCCGCCGAGCGCCGAGGAGGGCGAGAGGGAAGGCGGGAUGAGAGAGAUGGUCUCCGAGCUGCUCGGGGAGGACGCGGACGCCUCUGUCUGCCGCCUCUACCCGCACCCCUGGAUCAAGCUGGGUCUGGAGGAGAGCAGCGGGGACUGGGCUCAGGGGGCGACCGCGACCGAGCAGGCUCCGGGUCAGGGCGAGGCUCAGCCGGCGGUCGAGUCGGAGCAGAUCCCGGACGCCGUGUCGGAGCUCCAGCCCUCUAUGGCUCUGCUGGGAGCGUACCCCUACAGCACCGUGAUGCCUCAGGGACCCUGUGUGUGGGACUGGCACACAGACUGCACCCGGUCUACACCUGUCCCUGCCCCCAGCCUUAACCCCGAUGCUGAGGCGUGGACCAAUCAGAACUUUAACCUGCACCUCGCUGAUCCCGCCUUCCUGCAGGCCCAGCAGCCAUGGAUACAGCUCCCCGAGGAUCUGACCAAUCAGGAGGGGUACAUGCCAGAGUUCCAGAACGUGGUGGUCCUGGCUGAGGGUCUCGCCGAGGCGGAUCCCGGCGUGCUGGACUACCAGACGCUGACUGCUGGAGCUCCGACUGUGAAUGGAGAGCUCUGCGGACCAGCUGUCUCAGAUGAGAUCAAAGAGGAGCUGAGGACGGUCCUGGAGUCCUGCCUGACCAGGGAGCACCUCAGCAGCGACCUGUACCUCAACUCUCAGAUGGACAGCGACCAGUACUUCUCCAUUUCAACGCUGGCCAGCCUGGACAAGAUCAAGUCUCUCAGCACGGACCUGGACCUCAUCUCUGAGAUCCUGAAAACGCUGCCUCUCGUCGAGCUGACUCCGUGUGGGCAGAAAGUCCGGCCCUGUCAGAGUCGGUGUGUCGUCAUCCUGCGGGAGAUACCAAAGAGCACACCUCAGGAGGAGGUGGAGGCGCUCUUCGGUGGGGAGAACCUUCCUAAGUUCUCCAGCUGUGAGUUUGCGGGCAACGAUAACUGGUUCGUCACGUUUAAUUCAGAGGCGGACGCUCAACAGGUCUACAAGUUCCUCAGGGAGGAGGUCCGGCAUUUUAAGGGGAAGCCCAUCAUGGCGAGGAUAAAAGCCAAAGCCAUGGCCGCCACCUUCGCUCCGAAAAACGGCUUCAGACCUCCUCAGCUGGAAAACCAGUACGCCUCCUACUACCCCCCCACCUCCUACCAGCAGCCCUGCCCCGCCCACAUACCGGCCCAACAGCUGUACGACUUCACCAACGAGGUGUGGGCCUCGGGUUACCAGGAAUGUGCCGAGCCUGCAGCCAUGAUCAACGACUUCAUGAACGGGAUACCAGCAAGCUCCAUCUUCAAACCUCACAGCUCGCACAGGCAGAGGAGCGGCUCAAAGUGGUCGAACUCUCAGCAGCCGCCCCAUCAGAACGGUUCCUCCUCCUCAGAUCAAGCACAGGCAGGGCGCUCCUUCUCUCCCACCAGGAGGGGUCGAGCACGCUCACGGGGAAACACGCGGGGCCGGGGAGGGAGAGCAGAGCCCAACAAGCAAGUCGGAUCAUCCGGUGAUCAGGGAAGGAGAGGAAAUUUCGGCCAGAGGAGGAGAGAGAGCCCCCGUGCGUGGGACAUGUCCACGAACGCGCCGAACCAGUCGCCGUCUCAUCAGCCGUCUCCUCCUCCUGAGCUCGGCCUGACCAGCUUCCCUCCUCUUCGUCCUGCGAACGCCGCCUCAGCACCGGUCCCUGCAGCUGACGACAGCGUCAAGAGUCCGGCCCAAAGCAGCGCCGUGUGUCCCUCAGAGCCCGCCGAGCCAGCUGAGCCUCUGACGCUCACACAGCCGAACGUGAUGGAGAGCCCGGAGACGACCGGCGAGGCCAAACCAGCACGACUCGCACAGGAAGCAGUCACAGACUCCAAGAGGCUGAGCUACGCCCAGAUCUGCCAGAGAGCGUCGUCCAGCGAGCCGGCGCCGCUUCCCGCUGAACCCGGUCCUCCAGAGGCAGAGCAGCCCCUGACCUACCCGGGCCAAGCGGUGUGUCCUCGGUGAUUCUGAUCCCUCUGAGAAUGUAUCCUCGUACUGUCCUGAUUAAACCAAGCAGCUGCCGUGAGAAACAAUCUAAGCGUGUUUGAGGCGUGUUGGACCGGAGUUUGAAACGUGCACUGCUGGCAUUAAGUGAAGUGUGUGUGUGUGUGUGUGUGUGUGUGUGUGUGUGUGUGUGUGGCAGCUGUACAGACUCUGUAAAUGUUGAUCUGCUACGUGUUUCAGUUUUCUUUCUUGGUUAGUAGUUCAGGUCUGUUUCUUUAGAGCUCGGCGGAGAGCGCUCGCCGUUUGUGUGCGUUUUGAUGUUUUCUUUCUGUACAGGACGUUCAGCCGAAGCUCGCUCUCUGAAGAUCUCACGCAGUUUGAUUUUUGGCACUGAGUAAUCAAACUUUACCCACGCAUGAUUUUUUAUUUCAUUUUAGAAUUUAAUUUAUGUCCUUUUUUUUAUUUCUUUUGAAGAGGAGUGCCUUUGUGUGUUGAAGAUGAAGCCUCGCCUGUGUAGAGAGAAGUCUAGUCAGCGUGUUGUAGUGCAGGUGAAGCCGUUAUUCAGUGAACUUGAAUCGUCCUUUUGUUUAAAACAUCAAUUUUAAAUGUUUUCACGGUGAGAGAGCCGGCAUGGUUGUGGCACAUGUUACUUUGUUUGUACAGAUGUACAUAUUAUUGAACAAAUAUUAAAGAAGUGCCUUUAAAGUUUCA